AUGGGCGGCGGCGGGUUACGCAUCUUGCCGCACAAAUCGUGGCACGUGUGGCGCCGCGACAACAUCGAGCGGGUGCUGAAAGACGAGCGGGAGCACGAAGAAAAGUGCCGUGAAAGGGACGCGAACGAACGGAGUCGAGAGCAGGAGCGGCGCGCUCAGCAGCUCGUAGCAAAAGGACGUGACCCGUCAUCGGCGCCUAACAAGCACGUGAACUUGUUCGAGACAGAAGAGAGUCGAGCAAGCGGCAGAGACGUGACUCGGUACAAGAAGACAAAGGAGAAAGGAGCGGACGAGACGCUGGGGAAACAUGGGCAGCCGCCGUGGUAUGCGCAGCCAGAGAGGGCACAGCAGGAGCUUACCGCGAGACAGGAGCGCCAGAACAAGAGGAAUUUAGAUCUUGCUGAUCCGUUACAGUACAUGCGUCCACAAAAGGAGCCAGGACAACGUUCGGGAUCGUGCUCUGUUCGUUUGGAGGAGAGUGAGGGACGCAGUUGGCGCACGUACGUACGCACGGGACCUGCUGGGAGCGACCGCAGAAAGUAUUCGGGCCGGUACGACUGUUUGUCGACGUCACGCGAUUGCAAAGAACGAACUCGCCGCUGUCGGGAUGACUUCGAGGAGAAGCAUGUCGAAAAGGCACUGAAAAAGAGCAGCAAACAUCGAGCAAAGAAGCGCAAACACGAGCUGUGCAACGACGAGACGUUGCUUGAGGAGCUACGUCGAGAGAGAAAUGACAGAGAAGCGUCGGAGCGACGACGCGCAGAGAAGUUGAUGUACGGAUGA